AUUCCAGCCCUCCAAGAGAGAGUAGAGGGUAACCGGCAACUGAACCAGCUGAACCAAUACUUCAGUCUCCCGAGGCCAUGUCCAAGGCUCGUGGGCCUACACUGUCCUGCGCACCGCCUACACUCCCGAGUCGGACGCGCUGUUCCCUGUCGCCCAUAGAGCGUCUCAAGAGCUAUGUGCACUACUGGCGCCACUACAACCGGUGCUUUUCUCUCGGCGCGCUGUGCGAAGAGUACCGAGUGGAUUUCGAUGACCCCAAUGAGGAGUUGUUCCGCCGGCUCUACAUUGAAGUCAUUGAAGAUCGGCAGGCUGGCCCACCUUGAUAGCCAUGGGGACGAUGGUUCGAAUGAGGAGGAUUGGUUGAUGGCCUUGCGCGAGUACUUUUACCGGUGGGUUGGGGCCCUCGAAGACAAGGGCGAACUUCUUCCGGAUGCUUUUCGGCGCAACGGCCGGGCAUGCCCAAGUAACCCACGCUUCUGUGUCUGUCUGGUCCUUGAUUCGGAGAGUGUGGCGUUACUGGUUGGGCUACCCGAGGAGCUCCCGCCGCUGCGAUGUGCGGUGGACGGCCCAGAGAAGCAGCGACAACUUUCUGCCGGCGAGGGAGCGUGGGUGUGGCCGCUGGAGGUGGACUUCAUGGCGAAGGAGGGAGCACGAGGAGGUACCCUGGUCCCAUCCGCAGUACCGCGGCUGGAUGAAAACGAAUAUCAAUGAUAUUGAAGAUUCGUGGUUCUCUCGAAUGACGCGGGACAAAUGGGACUAUUUUUUUUAAGAGGAGAGGGAGAUGGGCUCCAAGAUACUGUGGUACACAUCUAGUCCAAAAGACUAAGUACUGGAGAGAGCCCGCGCAGGCGCCUCGUCAGGUUGACUGCUUACAGAAUUACGGACAGGGUAUAGCGAUAAACAACCGAGCUUCCCCGGUACCUUAGCCUCGGCUCAUCAAAACACAGCAAUUUGCGACAUGCGAG